AUGGCACACUCGCCAACCCUUGAAAUAGGUCAAGAAAAGACCGAAAAGUGUAUAACUGGCUAUACCUAUGAUGAAUUAAUGUUAAAACAUGCUUGUCCAUGGGCUCCCGAGCAUCAGGAAGGACCACAUCGAUUACGACGGUUAUUAGACAGAUUGAAAGAGCUUAGUUUAUUGGAUCGUUGUCAAUUCAUCAGGGGGCGUUUGGCAACUGAAGAUGAAGUUUUUUUAAAUCAUAGUCGAGCAAUAGUGGAAAAGCUGAAACAAGCUCCUGUCAAGUUAUUAGAUGAAAAUCAUACUGAACUAAAAAAAUUUUGUCAACAAUAUGAUGAUGUCUAUUUAAACGAGUAUUCGUACGAACUAGCUCUAUUGGCUAUUGGCAAUUGCCUGGAACUACUUGAUUCAGUUAUGUCUGGUAAAUGUCGUAAUGGUUUUGCUCUUGUACGUCCUCCUGGUCAUCAUGCGAUGCACAACGAACCAAAUGGCUAUUGCUUAUUGAACAAUGUUGCUUGUACAGCGAAACAAGCCAUCGAAAAAUAUAAAGCACAACGAGUUCUAAUUGUUGACUGGGAUGUACAUCAUGGACAAGGAUCGCAAUAUGCAUUUUAUGACACAAAUAAAGUGUUAUAUAUAUCAACCCAUCGAUAUGAAUAUGGUGAUUUUUGGCCUAAGUUAUUGGACUCAGACUUUGAUCAAAUUGGAAAAGAUCAGGGAAAAGGAUAUAAUAUUAACAUUCCCUUGAAUAAAUAUGAUCCUGAUCUAGUGUUGAUAUCAGCUGGUUAUGAUGUAGCUAUUGGUUGUCCAGAAGGUGAAAUGUUGAUAACACCAGAUACAUUUGCUCAUUUAACACAUUAUCUGAAGGGAUUGGCGAAUGGAAAAGUACUGGUCCUAUUGGAAGGCGGAUAUUGUCCUCAGACAUUAGCUGAAAGUGGUGCCUGGACAUUACGCUCAUUGUUGGGUGAUCCCUGUUCACCAUUGUUGCCAUGUAAAAAUCCAGAUCCAAUUACUCUCAAAACUGUUGCAUGCUGUAAACACGUUCUUAAACCAUUUUGGAAAUCAUUGGCGAUUGACAAUACAGAUGGAAGCGAAUUUUGGAUCGAAGAAGCAAAACGAAAACGUUCCCUAUUCCCUUUAAAUACUCAUACUGAUGCAAAUCGUCGAGCAGAAUAUCCAUUAACACCACUAUUAAAUACUCCUCUAAGUAAAGAGAAACAGCAAAUAUUAGACAAAAAAAUACAACAAGCAUUAGAUAUUGGAAAACAUACCCAACCACACGAACGAGGAAGAACAUUAUUAGUUUAUGAUGAGAAAAUGCUGAAAUAUAAUGCUGAAUGGCAUGUUGAACGUCCUGGUCGUAUCACGGCAAUUUGGGAAGGUUUACGCCGACGUCAUUUAUCAGAUCGAUGUUUAAUGGUGGACUCACGUUAUGCAACAAAAGAAGAAAUUCUCCUCGCUCACAAUGAUGAAUUUUAUGAAAAACAAAAAUCGAUUAAAACAAUGACAGUAGAUGAACUGGAAAUUGCGAAUGUGGAAGCAAGAGAAAAAUCACUAAUCUACUCAACUGAUCUAUUUGAUAAUGCACUAUUAGCCGCUGGGUCGUGUUUAAAUUUAGUUGAUGCUGUCAUGGAAGGAAAAGGUCAAAACGGCUUUGCUGUUGUUCGUCCUCCUGGUCAUCAUGCUCAUUGUAGUCAAGAUAGUGGUUUUUGUUAUUUCAAUAAUGUCGCUAUUGUAGCACGUUAUUUACAAAAGAAAUAUGGAAUUAAAAAAAUAUUAAUUGCUGAUUUUGAUUAUCAUAUGGGUGAUGGUACAAAAGAUAUCUUUUAUGAUGAUCCAAGUGUGUUAUAUAUGUCGUUACAUUGUGAAGAUGCAUUUCCCCCUAAUGAAGGUUCAGAGACAGAUUUUGGAAUAAAAAAUGGCCAAGGCUUUAAUGUCAACAUUGGAUGGAAAUAUUUCCGAUAUGCUGCUCAUGACGGGGAUUAUAUUCAUUCGUUUCAUCAUAUCAUUUUACCAAUUGCAUAUGAAUUUGCACCCGAAAUCGUUUUGGUUUCAGCUGGUUUCGAUGCGGCAGAAGGAGAUCGAGUGGGUUAUGGUAAAUUAUCUGCCGUUAGUUACUCUCAAAUGACACACAUGUUAUUGUCAUUAGCCGGCGGAAGAGUUAUUGAAAUAUUAGAGGGCGGUUAUAAUUUAACUCAAUUAGAUAAUUGUGCAUCAGCGUGUGUAUCAGCUCUGCUGGGUGAUAUACCUUUGCGUUGUACCGAAUCAACAAUGCGAAUACCACAGAAAGAAGUAUCAUGUCUAACAAUUCCAUUAGUCAAAGAUGUGCAUCGAACUUACUGGACGUCAUUAUUCCGUGUUCCGACAGAACACGGCGAUGAAAGUGAUGUUACAAAAAGCAUAGAAGAUAAUCCAGAAACAAUAGCCCUUCAACUUGAAAAACAUUUAACAAUCACAAAAGUUGUUGAAGAACAUAAAUUUCGUAAUCUUGCUCUUGCGGUGAGGCAAGCAGGGGGUUUGGGUGGUGUAUUGAAACAAUUAUAUAGAAAUGAUGAAGUAAAAGAUGGAGAUUUAAUCGGUGUAGAUAAAUAUGGAAAUCGAUAUUAUCAAAAUUUACGCUAUUUUGUUGGUAGAAGUCGUUGGGUUAUUUAUGCUGAUCAUGUUGGCCUCGAUUAUGAUGCAAGUCAAAUACCACCAGAAUGGCAUCGUUGGUUACAAUAUAUUGGAGAUAAUCCGCCAACUGAACAACCUUACAAACGUUAUCCAUGGAUGAUUGAUAAUAUCGAAAAUAAAACGGGUACAUCUCAAAUUUAUGUACCCUAUACAACGGUACAAAGAAAAGUGCAAAGUUGGAUGCCUCCUAAAUCACAACAAGAACAAAUUGAAGCGGGAAUGACAAAAACAAAGUAA